UUCACCCCGACCUAUAUAUAGCGGCGGUGCUCAGGAUUCCACUGUAUUCUUUCCUCUUUCCGAUCCAUCAUCUCCCCGAAAAAUCACCGGAAAAAAUGGCGAUAAUUCCUCAAGCAGCAAGCAACAUCAUAUUGUCGUUCAAAGUUAUGCUGAUAUCCACCACCGUUUUAUCAGCAGCUAUUGCGCUGAAUUUCUCUUUUCCAGCAAUAACGGAUUUCGUUGUCUGUGAGCUACCUUCAAUCUACAACGCCGUUGUUUCGUGGCUCCGGCCUCCGUACUUGUACCUGGUCCUCAACUGUAUCAUCAUCACCAUCGUCGCUUCCUCCAAACUUCAGUCGCACAAAAUCGAUGACGCUUCAGUAUCACCGCCGCCUCCUAUGCAGCCGAUCCCUAACCUGGAAGCCAUACCUUCACAGCCGGACGUGGUAAUUACGCAAACCAAUUAUCCGACCGCCGAUCUGAACAAUCGCAGCGGUUACCUUGUGGAAGUCGAGAAUGGAGCAGACGAUUUCAACUCUCAUGAAGUCGUAAAAGCAUCGCGAAGCGCUACGAUUGAACAAACGGCUUUCAGCGUUGUUCACGCUGUCGAUGGCGAUGUCGCGCUGGGAGAAGAUGCUUCGAGAAACAAGGAGAAGGAGCAAGCGGUUAUCAAAUGCGAAUCCUCAUCAAAUCCUUCCGAAAUUAAAAUUUCCACAGAAUCCUCAUCUUCAAUUGCGAAACCGCCAAUUUCCGCGAGGCUCGCUCACCGAAGAAACGCCAAAAGCAGCGCUGAAGCAGGCGGCAAAGCGGCAGCAUUGGGAGUAUCGAAGCCAAAGAGGGAGGACACACUGGAGAGCACGUGGAAAACCAUAACGGAGGGACGACCGGUUCCGCUGAACCGGCACCUAAGAAAAUCGGACACGUGGGAGCGGGAAGCUCACCGACCGUCAGAAAAACCGGCGAUGGGAAAAUCGGAAACGUUCACGGAGCGGCGGCGGAGCAAGUCUCCGGUGAGGAAGGAGGCGUCGCUGAGCCAGGAGGAGCUGAACAGGCGAGUGGAGGCAUUCAUCAACAAGUUUAACGAGGAGAUGAGGCUGCAGCGGCAGGAAUCUCUCGAUCACUACCGGGACUUGACGAUCAACCGUGCCUCUAUCUCAUCGGACAGACAGAGCACAUCAUUAAUUCAUGUUAGAUUUUGGAAGAAUGAACGAGCUGCAUGGCGACUCUUUCGUUUUAUUUUAAUCACUGACGGCACUGUCGUUUAAUCAUUUCAAUUUUGAAGUAUAAUAAUUAUUGAAAAAUAGAUCUUGUAAUUUGAAAUAAAAAAUAGAAAUAUUUUGAUUAUGUAAAGAGUUUUCCAAGUGAAUAAUAAAUAGUACACAUAAU